AGGCUUUCGUCCCUACUUUUGGCUUUGAAAUCUCUUUCCAUAGUGUUAAGAAUGCAACGCGCUAAAUGACAUCAACACUCUUCAACUAAACGAGGCAUUUUUGGUAGUCAAAAAACAGUUUUUUUCAUCAAAGUGUUAAAGAAGCACUCUAUCAACAUCCAUUUUUCCAACUGAACCCGUAAACAACGAACAUUGCAGAGCAAUUUAGUUUUACAACAGUAAAACUACGCUUCAUUUUACUCUGAAUUAUAACUCUCGCUCGAAAAUGGCACAAAAGGGCAACAUGUAUCCUCAAGCCGUACAAGGACCUGCUGGCGGUAAAGGCGCCCGAAUGGCACAAGGAACAAUGCCGAUUGCACAAGGAAAUGCUGUUCAGCCAGGAUAUGGAGCCUUGAGUCCGCCUACACAGAAUGUGCCGCAACAGCAGAUGAGUGCCCCUCAACAGCAGAAUGCUAUGAUCGCUAAUCCUCAAAAGCCUUUGGCGGUAAAUCCGAAUGCAAUUCCUGCACACCUCGCUUUUGCUUGGAAUAUUCCGGGUGCGAAGUACCGCAUCUCCUUCAACGCCAGAGUGCCGCAACAAGCGAUUGUUGAAACCUAUACUGGUUCCGCGAGUUCGGGUCGAGUUGUCAGCUUAAUCGCCAACAACGCUGGUCACAUUGCGUCUGAGUAUUUGCACAGCAAGGUGAAGUGGGGGAUCGGACACUACCAAAGAUAUGUCGAGCAGACGCGUACGGGGAUCUACUUUGCGCAUUUAACGGACCCCGCAACCGGCCAAGUGCAAGGCCAGAGCUUCUACAAUUCCGAGAAUAAUGCGUGGAGCAUGAUGAAUUUUCAAGGACAACCAAUCGCGACGGGUCGGUUGUUCGCUGAAGGUUGCUGCAUGUGCCAAACUUCUGGUGUGCAGAUCCACCCUAAUGGAGCGCAACCGAUUGAUGGGCAGACGCAAACUCCAGUGAUCAAGAACGAAUCCGCGUCUACUCUGUUUUUCUGCGAUAAAACCGAAGCAGGCUGGUCGCAGAUUACUCGCAAAUUCUAUUUGGGGGACUAUAACGCUGGCGGAGAGAACGCAGCAGCGGCUCGCAAAGCCAUCAAAGAACAGGAGCCAGCGUUUAUCAUCGUCACUUCGGGAGACGUACCUGUGUGGACAGAGCUGGUGAUGACAAAAGCAUCGGCCAAGAUGAGUGAAGAACAAAAGUACAUUGCCGCAUUGCAAUUCAUUACGCUGGGAGUGCAGAUUGCGGCAAUUUCCGAGCAACUUUUAGCGAAUCCUCUCGCGCAACAUGUCUGAAAAUAUGGAACAUGCGCAACAACAAGAAAAUGCUGAAAUAGAAAGUGGCGCAACUUGUAGUUCUAAGGUGUACUAGAAAAAUAUAUAACAAUUAAGGAUGUGCUAAGCACUCACCGGAGGCGUUGCGCAGGGCUCCGGCCUGCCUUUGAAGGUGAGACAUAUGGGGCUGACAGGACGACAAUAGCGCCGGCGCUUAAUUCGUUUUAGCAGAUAGGAGGAUACUUGCCGAUAGUUACCCUUUUCUCUUUUCUAUCUUCCUCUGGUCUUUCAUUUUUCUAGGUAGGUCGGCUCCACCACAAACACAAUUGAGGAUGUGCUAAGGAUACAACUAAGUUGUACUAGGGAUUCAGAAGGUGCACUAAGCUGUACUAAGGAUGCGAGGAGGAGGACAAGAGACCCUGGUGUCCAGGUAUACUACAGUCGAUUAUAUAUAGAGAUACGACGGAACAAGAUAUUGAAAGUUGCUAUUUCAUACCUGAAAGUUAGUGUGUUGCCUGUUAUUAAGUUGUUCUCAGGAGAAGGAGAAGAGGAUCAAAAUUAUUUUUUAUGUCUUGACCACUUGACUGUGGAUAUGCAUUACUCGAACAAUAAAAGAUAUCCGCGCGGGAGUUGUUAAGGACAACAUCACUCAAAGGACAAGAAGGACGUAGAGAAGCAUCAUAGCAGGCGAAGUCUAGUACUAGAGCCGUGGUGUUGUAAGCCAGUUGUCUUGUUUUGUCUUUUUGGCGUUUUGGGUAUGUUGUUGUACUUCUACACUGGAAUAAAUAGUACGACCAUGGUGCUUAGAGGAGGUAGAAUUGGUUGUGGAUCUGGCAUAUUUGUCACCUCUUGAGCGGUCAUAGGUUGAAUCUAUGACUUCAUAUGUCGUGGAAGUCAUGACUGUGAUCAAAAACCUUCAAACUACCUUAUAUUCUCUUUUCUUCUUGUGGGCGUGGAUGAAAGAAGAACAGAGAAGGAGCAAAGCAAAUGCAAGAGACAGCU